AUGCUGGGCACCAAAAUCCUUUAUGGCCCCGAAGAAGACAAAUCUGGUUGGCUGCUCGUCUUGUCCGCAUUCCUUAAUCAAAUGAUUGCCAUCGGUAGUGGCUUCUCUUUCGGAAUUUAUCACCUGGAAUUCAGGAAAUACUUCCAAGGGACAUCAGCAGAGAUUUCUUUGGUGAGCUCCACUUGUAUAGGAAGCCUCUUGGGCGCUGGUCCAAUAGUCAGCUACAUGGUAACGAAAUUUGAAUAUGGCCAUGUGACAAUCGUUGGAGCUAUACUGUCUACCGCCAGCAUGAUUGGGGCAAUUUUCUGUGAAAAACUUAUACUGCUUUACAUUACAUUCGGAUUUCUAACAGGAUGUGAGGAACACACUCUCUCUCUCUCUCUCUCUCUCUCUCUCUCUCUCUCUCUCAUAGCUAUUAUCUUUGGUAUGACGCUUGGAGGCAUCUUAGGAAUUAUGUAUGUGAUUGCAUUGGACUUAAUAUCACUCAAAUCAACAGAAAAGCUGAAAGCUGAUUGGGUGACGGUGGCCGGGUAUAUGAUGUUAGCCAAUGGGAUUGGAUGUUUUAUUGGACCGCCUUUUGCUGGGUGGCUGCAUGACAUAACUGGCAGCUACACUGUACCGAUGUACACUUGUGGAGGAAUCACCAUCUUUGGAGGUUUUACCAUGCUGUUCUUGAAGAUUAUUGUUCUACAAGAAACUUCGUGGUCUUCCAUAUUCAUUGACACUAUUACUGCAGAGUAA